GACGUAAUUUGGCAAGUGAAACCGCUACUAUAAAUUGCACUGCUUCCACCUCGAUCAAUUUUAGCCGCAACACCCACCCACAACAGGCAUACAGAGAGACACAGGUGUGUAUAACCACCGGUGCUCGUCGUCGCCAGGAUCUGACCCAUCGGUGGCCGGCGGAAUCUCGGACGGGGUAUUCAGUGGUGGCGUGAUGGGGUUUUGUGUCUGUCCGUUGCAGCCUACGGCGAGGUUGCUGUGGAGUACCAGUUUCUUCCGUCAUAAGCUCAUGCUUUUCUAAGAUCAAAACUAAUAAAUAAAAUCUAAAUAUAAAUCAUCAUAGCUCUCGUCUUCGGUUCUGUUUCUAUACACUUUCGUAGACAUAUAUACGUGACGUGAUAGCCGCCGGAGAUCUGAAAUUGACGGUGAUAAAGAAGUAUGGAUUGUGGCCGCCUUUUCUUCAACCCCUCGUCGUGCCACGGCAACGUCAUGUUGUUCGGGAACGGAGAUCCCGUUUUCCGAGCAGGGCCAAGAUCGGCGAUGAACAUGGAGGAAACCUUAAAGAGGCGACCUUUUUUUAGCUCGCCAGAUGAAUUGCUCGACGAAGAAUAUUACGAUGAACAGUCGCCGGAGAAGAAACGCCGCCUCUCUCCUGAGCAGGUCCGGUUGUUGGAGAAGAGCUUUGAGGAAGAGAACAAGCUGGAGCCGGAGAGGAAGAGCCAGCUGGCAAGCAAGUUGGGGCUGCAGCCGAGACAGGUGGCUGUGUGGUUCCAGAACCGCCGUGCGCGGUGGAAGACCAAGCAGCUUGAGAGGGACUAUGAUCACCUCAAGUCAGCCUAUGAUUCCCUCUUGUCUGAGUUUGAUUCCAUUCGCAAGGAGAACGACAAGCUCAAAGCUGAGGUGGUUUUCUUGACAGAGAAGGUGCAAGCUAGAGACCUGGCCGGGGUACCACCAAUUUCAGGGCCAAAAUCAGAGCCACUCCCGGCAGAGCCGCCCCAUGUGAAGGCGGAGGACCGCCUGAGCACCGGAAGUGGUGGAAGUGCGGUGGUGGACAUCGAGGAGGGUCCACAUCUUGUGGACAGUGGCGACUCGUAUUUUCUCAACGCUGCCUACCCCGCUGGAUGCGUGGGUCCAGUAGACGGGGUCCAAUCGGAAGAAGAUGACGGCAGUGACAACGGCCGGAAUUACUUCUCUCAUGUGUUUGCGGCGGCGGAAGGGCAGAACCAUGGGGAGGGGGAGACACUGGGGUGGUGGGUCUGGUCUUAAUUAUAAUACAUUAAGAAGUCAGUUUGAGUAAAAACCUGUUUUUCAUCAUGUUUUAAAGCGGUUCAAUGUUCUGCAUGUGGUCUAUUAUAUGCAAUUAUGGGGACUCUAAAAAAGGGGAACAAAUUUAUGAUCUAUGUGAAAUGGUUACUCCACUAUUUAUCU